GCCGAGCGACCCCAGCCACUCAGCGCAGCAAGCCAGGGAACGUGCGGGACAGAACGCGGGGCUCGCCUCUCACACCGCCUCACCCGCACAGCCACUGCGCUCCACGCGACACACACGAGUCUUCAGUCCAGCCAGCCAAAUGGACAGCACUGCCAAGCCAGAGAGCGGCUCCGGCCAGCACUUUCUGCAGCCAGCCUGCUACUUUGCACAGAGCCUUCAGCUGAGCCCGGGGGACGGGCAUCACCAUCACCAGCAGUCCAAUGCCAAGUCCGGGGCCAAGCAGGUCAAGAGGCAGAGGUCGUCCUCCCCGGAGCUCAUGAGGUGCAAAAGGAGGCUCAACUUCACCGGCUUCGGCUAUAGCUUGCCCCAACAGCAACCGGCUGCGGUAGCCAGGAGGAACGAGAGGGAGAGGAACAGGGUGAAGCUGGUGAACCUAGGCUUUGCCACCCUCCGAGAACAUGUCCCCAAUGGGGCGGCCAACAAGAAGAUGAGCAAGGUGGAGACCCUCCGCUCCGCCGUAGAGUAUAUCCGAGCGCUACAGCAGCUGCUGGACGAACAUGACGCUGUCAGCGCUGCCUUCCAGUCCGGGGUGCUGACACCCACCAUCUCCCCCAACUACUGUCAUGACAUGAACUCUAUGGCAGGAUCCCCUGUCUCCUCCUACACCUCCGAAGGAUCCUAUGACCCAUUGAGUCCAGAGGAGCAAGAACUACUAGACUUCACCACCUGGUUCUGAGCAGCAGGACUGUCCCUAAGAAGUAGGACGUGAAGCACACGAGAGCCCACAAGCCUCUCCAAGAACACUAAGCACUAUAGAUUUGCACUCCGGUGGGGUCCACAAGAGAACCAGAGACUCAGAAGUGUGGGCAUCAAGAGCAAAGGGGUGUACCCACCGCUCUACUCGUAGAAGGAAGAGAUUUGGUUGGCCAGCAAGGUCCUAAGAACAAAAACAAGCAGGGCUUCCCAAUGACGAUCCGGCCGUAGCCCAUUGACUGAGCGCUUUUUCCUUCCCUAAGGAUGACAUGGGACUAUAACUUGUGGAGUUUGCAUUCUUACUAUGCUGAUACUCAAAGAACCCUUUCAAACCCCCUCUACUACUAUUUUUAUACCACUUUCAUCGUAAGAAAAAAACAAAUGCUUCCAAUCGUUUUUUGUGAUUUUUUUAUAUUAUAAAAAUCUAUUUCUAUGGAUCCCAAAUGUUUGGGAUGUAUUAAGCUAUUUUUGUACAUAAGAGAGAGAAUUUAUAGAAGUUUUGUACAAAUGUUAUAAAAAUGUGUAUAUCUUGAUACAUUAUUAUUGUAAUGCUUAUUACCUCUGCGUAUUUAGACUUGUAGUCUAUAUGACAGUGAUCGUCAGCCUCUUCUACCCCCCCUCCAGCUGUUGCUCGGGCACCCCGAGGAUGUGGAUUGGGGCAGCAGCUGGAGGGGACAGAGGUUGCCUGUCUCUGCUACUUAUAAAUGACCUUGCAACUGCCAUUUUCUACGUGGUUUGUGAAAAGGACUCUCCUAAUGUUGGGGAUGGAACUCCUUACAGAUGUACUUUAGCACCGAUGUGUCUUACUUUAUAGAAACUUCGUUAAUGUAUUAAUUGUGUUAUUGAAAACAACAAAACAAUGUUCACAAUGAACAAAGUUUAUGCAGCUAUUGUCCAAACACAAAAUAGUGGUCCUUUGUUUCUAUGAUGACCUUUUUUUUUUUUUUUUUGGAAUUUUACACCACUGCCUUUUUCUUACCGUUUUAUUACAAACUUACAAAGGUACUGCAUAACGAAAUGUGUUUUUUUUACACAAUAGUUUCAUAAUAAAACGUUUUA